CUCUGCCCGCCGAGCCCGCGUCCAGACGACGAGGAGAAGGCCGGUCUAGUGAAGAAACUGCCUGCAGCCAGAGCCACCACUGUGAAUUCAGCUGUGAGGAUGCAAGAACUAACAUGAGAAAAAACAGUACUUUGGGAAAAUAUUUUACGGAAGUUGAGAGAAAAAGAAGAAAGAAACACUGCUGUGGAGUUUUUUGUUAAAAAAGAAUUCUGCUGAAAUGUGUUUUUUCCCCUCAAACUUAAGUUGUAUUUUGGAUUACUACCAUGUUGUGUUCAACACGGAUAAUAAGUUAUAGGAAAUAAAGCAUUUUUUAUUAUGACAAAAAACACACAGAGAAAUUCAUAAUUAGUGUGUUAUGAUUGACAUACUAAAUAUAACCUUCAAACUUGGUAAUGGGAAAGUGGUGAGCAUCAAAAGGUGGCAGAUCUGGAAAUAAGAUUCUUCAAUAUUAUAUCACUUAAUAUGAUGUCAGAAAUCAAUGCCAGUGCAACAUUCAGCUUGAAUACAUCUACAGACGAGCCAAGAACUGGCCUUUCUAGAAUGGGGCACAACAUUGUGGCUGUUUUUCUUGGACUCAUACUAUUUUUUGGCUUCUUGAAUAAUUUGGUGGUUUUCAUUCUCUUCUGCAAGUUUAAAACUCUUCGCAACCCAGUGAACAUGCUUCUGUUGAACAUCAGUGCCAGCGACAUGCUGGUCUGCAUCUCUGGUACCACCUUCAGUUUCAUAUCCAACAUCUAUGGCAGAUGGAUUGGAGGGGAGCAUGGCUGCAGGUGGUAUGGCUUUGUCAAUUCUUGUUUUGGCAUUGUGUCUCUGAUUUCACUGGCCAUUCUGUCUUAUGAACGCUACAGUACUCUUACUCUCACCAAUAAACAUGGCUCCAGCUACCAGAAGGCUCUACUAGGAGUUGGUGGCUCCUGGUUAUAUUCUCUGAUUUGGACAGUGCCACCUCUUAUUGGCUGGAGCAGCUAUGGGCUCGAGGGAGCAGGCACCAGCUGUUCGGUCCGAUGGACCUCCGAAACACCAGAGUCGGUCUCCUAUAUCAUCUGUCUCUUCAUAUUCUGCUUAGCCCUUCCAGUAAUGGUCAUGAUAUACUGCUAUGCACGCCUUUUCUACGCUGUCAAACAGGUUGGGAAAAUCCGGAAGACGGCUGCCCGCAAAAGAGAGUUCCACGUGCUCUUCAUGGUGAUCACAACUAUCAUCUGCUAUCUGGUUUGCUGGAUGCCCUAUGGUGUUAUAGCACUCCUUGCUACCUUUGGUAGGCCAGGCUUGGUGUCCCCCGUAGCAAGUAUCAUCCCAUCCAUCCUGGCAAAGAGCAGUACUGUAUACAAUCCAAUCAUCUAUAUUCUCAUGAACAAGCAGUUCUAUAAAUGCUUUCUUGUGCUUGUCCGCUGUCAGCCUCCUUCAGCUGCUGAUGGAGAAACCACAAACGUCAAGACCAUCCAGCUAAACCAGAGAGCAGAAGGAGGAGUUACAUGUCACAGCCAAGUACUUCCACAAGUGGAUGAAAAGGUGGUUUGCCUUCUGAGCCCAGAGUCAAGCACGGAACCAGUUCAUCUUAUGAAAAUGCAAAACGGUCACAGGACGUAAGUUAAAAGGUAUGAUUAUUCUUUACUGCCUUAAUGCAGAGUUGAACAUUAUAUAGAAUUGCUAUGGUGCCUCCCAUGUUAUUGAUGUUAGGUUGCAUCUAUCCAGACUUUCAGAUUAAGUCCACUGCAUGUAGAUCCUACACAUGAUGAAACAUACAAGAUUAUGCAUUCAUUCAGACACUCAUCCCCAUCUCCAGGCUUGAUGAGGAUGGAUGCUUAGAUAAGAACUACACCAGUGUAGUUUGGACAUGAACAGACACUGGAUUCUCAGGUGUAGACUUUAUGCAAAAGCAACACCUGUGGGUGAAUGUCAAAAGUAAAUGCAAGUAGGCCGGGUGAGAGAUCAGGGCAUGCACUAUUUUGCUCUUCUACCGUCAACAGCUUCUGUUCUAUGAAGCUUGUCCACCAUACUUCCCCCUUCUAUGUUUUAACAGUGACACUCUAGGCAGCACUAUUCAGUGCUCAAAUAAACCCACUUUAUCCAUUUUGAUAAAAUGGUGAAAAUUUAGACUUAAAACUCUGAAUCUUAAUACUGGAUAAAUGAUCUUUUCUUCUAAGAACUGGCAGCAACACUGUGGUAAAUAAAUGUGCUAGAUCCAAGCUAAAAAGAAAUCAGUGGGGCCUUGUGUUUAAGGGCAUACCGCCUCUGAUACUGAAAGGCAAUACAGUCCUUAUGAGUAGUAGCCACGAGUAGCCUCAUCUUGACUGCAUUCUGGGUUUUUUUGUUUUGUUUUGUUUUGUUUUUUGGUAAAGCGUACAUGUCACAUGGAUGGCAUUACUUGAUGUCUUGGCUUAAAUCCAACUUCCAGUCCCAGCUAGGGUACAUCCAUUGAAUCAAAUGUGGAAUGGUGAAUCACCAUGUACAUAAAUUCCAUCAAUGCAAUGGGUCUACUCCAGUUGUAACUUAACCCACUGCAGUCACACUGUAGUGCUAUUGUAUCUCCUGCUUCAUGAGAUGUAACUAGCAAAUAAGCAACAAAUAGGUUGUCAUAUUAAAAGCUGACAGUGCAACGGAGCUCACAGUGCAUAGUACCCUUCACACAAUCUGGUGGAGGUUUCUCCCCCAAAGAAACUUGUUUCUCCACAACAUAAGCCCUUUGUGCAGGCUGUGAGGCUGAUCUACAUUCGCUUCCUGAUGCCAUUAUGACUCUUUCUAACCAAGAAAACCCUCGCAUACAACAGAGGCUGCUCACACGCUAUUUCACAGAACUUAUCUAGACUAAAAACAAGGUAUCCAGAAAACAAACAGUGAAAGAUUUAUCCAUACUUACUACACCGCUAUGACAUCAUAUCAUGAAUGUUGCCACCCUCAUGGUACACCUUUGUAAGCUAUGGGGAGGGUAAGGGAUCAGACUGCAAUGUAGCUAAUUGUGCUGUAAUGACAUGAGACGAAGGAGAACAACCUGACAUUACUCUUUGACUGGAGUGGCCAUGUUUGGAAUAAGGAAUGUUUGGAAUCAUUCCCCAGCCUUGCCGAUAUUAAAAAAAAAAUAGAGUGAUCUCUGCCUUUACAUGGUGAAGCACCACAGACAUUGGGCAGAAUAUUCCGUCCCCCCCUUCCAUUGAUACCAUGUAUAGGUAUGGAAAUAAACCUUCAGCAUCAGAAUUACUUUCUUAGACUAGUACAGAUUCCCCCCCCCCCAUUUAAGAUUUGUUUUCUCUGGUAUGAAUAAAAUAAAUGGAGCUACUUAGCCAAACAAGCAAAGUCCCAUUGAUUCAAAAUG